AUGUUUUCCCUGAAGAUCUUUUGCCUGGCCCUGAGUGUGGUGGGCACAGUCUGGACUGGAGAUGUCCAGCAAGGUGAAUUUAUAGCUGAAGGAGGAGGUGUGCGUGGCCCAAGAAUUGUGGAAGGACAUCACUCUGUGUGCAAAGAGACAGACUGGCCCUUCUGCUCUGAUGAAGACUGGAACUACAAAUGCCCUUCUGGCUGCAGGAUGAAAGGGUUAAUCGAUGAAGUCAAUCAAGAUUUUACAAACAGAAUUAAUAAGCUCAAAAAUUCACUAUUUGAUUAUCAGAAGAACAAUAAGGACUCUAGUUUACUGACAGGGAAUGUAAUGGAACUUGUGAGAGGGGAUUUUGCCACCGGUAACAACAAUGAUAAUACAUUUAGCCAAGUGUCAGAAGAUCUGAGAAGCAGAAUUGAGAUCCUGAAGCGCAAAGUCUUGGAACAAGUACAGCAUAUCCAACUUCUGCAGAAAAAUGUCAGGGAUCAACUGAUAGAUAUGAAACGACUGGAGGUGGACAUUGAUAUUAAGAUCCGAUCUUGCCAAGGGUCGUGCAGUAGGGCUUUAGAACGUAGGACAGAUCUAAAGUACUACGAAGAUCAGCAGAAGCAACUUGAACAAGUCAUUGCCAAAGACUUACUUCCCUCUAGAGAUACGCAAUAUUUACCACAGCUGAAAAUGCGCACAGCUCCAGAUAUGAUUCCUGGGGAGUACAAGCACCAGCUUCAGAAGGCCCCUGCAGAGUGGAAGGCACUCAUGGAAACGCAGCAGAUGAAAAUAACGUUAGAGAGGUCUGGUACAGAUGGGAAUGCCCCAGGAGACUCUGUAUCGCAUGGAACGGGAUCAGUGCCUGAAAGCCCUAGGAAUCCUGGAAGCUCCACACCUGGAAGUUCUGGCACUUGGAACCCUGGGAGCUCUGGACCUGGAAGCUCAGGCGCUUGGAACCCUGGGAGCUCUGGACCUGGAAGCUCCGGACCUGGAAGCUCGGGCGCUUGGAACCCUGGGAGCACCGGACCUGGAAGCUCAGAUGCUUGGAACCCUGGGAGCUCUGGACCUGGAAGCUCCGGACCUGGAAGCUCGGGCGCUUGGAACCCUGGGAGCUCCACACCUGGAAGUUCUGGCGCUUGGAACCCUGGGAGCUCUGGACCUGGAAGCUCGGGCGCUUGGAACCCUGGGAGCUCUGGACCUGGAAGCUCAGGCGCUUGGAACCCCGAGCCUGGAAGUUUUAGGCCAGAUAGCUUAGGGCAUGGGGACACCAGGCCUACCAAGCAAGAGUGGGGCAAGUUUGAAGAGGUGUCAGGAAGUGUAUCUCCAGGGACAAAGAAAGAGUACCACACGGGCAAACUGGUCACUUCUAAAGGAGAUAAAGAGCUUCUUAUUGGUAAUGAGAAGGUCACCUCUGGUAGCACGACCACCACUCGUCGUUCAUGCUCUAAAACUGUCACUAAGACAGUUAUAGGUCCUGAUGGUCGCAAAGAAGUGAUCAAAGAAGUGGUAAACUCCGAAGAUGGUUCUGAUUGUGACUUGUCCCAUGCUUUUUCUGGUAGCCUAGGGGAUCUCCAUUCUAGACACCCUGACUUGGCGAGUUUCUUUGAAUCUGCCUCAACUGGAAGCAAAUUUUCGAGUGUACUCCCACCUACCUUAAGAGAGUUUGAAAGUAUGGGCUCAGAAUCUGACAUAUUCACGCACUUAGGGGAACACGAGCUCCCUUCCAGUGGUAAAACUUCAACUCACAGCAAACAGUUGGUAACCACUAGUAAGACUUACAACAGAGGAGACUCCACAUUUGAAAGCAAGAGCUUUAAAGUGGCAGGUGAGGCCGGAAGUGAAGCGGAACACGAAGUCCUCAGAGGAGCAUAUACCACCAAAAGAGGCCAUGCUAGAGCUCGCCCUGCCAGAGGUAUCCACACUUCUCCUUUGGGGAAGCCUUCCCUGACCCCCUAG